AUGUCCCUUUUAUCACAGACAGACAUUAAAAUCGUCCUCUUCGCUGUGCCUGAUAUUACGGCUUCGAGAUAUCCAUUGUUGACGUUGCAUUUCUCUGCCACACAUACUCAAAGGGCUGGUUUCAUGAAGAAGAGAUCACAACCAAUACGAAAGUUGCCCCAACAUUGGCCAUCCCAUUUGCGAUACAUUACUGUUUCUCAUCACCACUCAUCAGUGACACCUUCAAUACUGGCACAUAUUAAAGCUCCUUUGAAUGAAAAAGGCGUUAAUUCCAAACCUGCCGGUCGACCAAAGGUAGUCAUCAAGGGCAUACGCAACACAUCCCAUCCUGCCAAUGGCCAAUUUGGUUUGUUUGCGGCGCAAAAGAUAGCACCCAGAACCCACAUUCUUGAUUACAUCGGCGAAAUACAUUGCGAUGAACGACCUGAUUCGGACUACGAUCUAUCUCUCUGUCGACUGCCAGAUGGCAUAAGCAUCGGAAUUGAUGCCAGUGCAAUGGGUAAUGAGGCCCGUUUCGUAAAUGACUACAGAGGUAUAUCAGAUAGACCAAACGCCAUUUUCCUCGAAGGAAGUACGCCCUCCGCAGAAAUGACGAUAGCCAUUUGGUCGUCUAGUGAAGAAAUAAAAAAAGGCCAGGAGAUCUUAGUGUCGUAUGGAAAAUCGUGGUGGCAAUGGCGGACAAAUAUUGAAUGA